AUGGACGCUGAUGAUGACUUGGAUCUUUUGGCCUCCCUCCUGGAAGAAAGCGAGGCCACUGAGGAGGGCAAUUCUCCUGAGGAGGAAGGUGCCCCAGAGGAUGAGGGGGGAAAACCAGAUGAAUACGAUGAGCUCUUCGAUGCAGAAGAUGAUGUGUCCUACACUGAGGAGGUCGAUACUGAGGACAGCAUGAUUGAUGAGCAGAAGGAGAACCUGGCUACGCUGUUUGGAGAUGUAGAUGACUUGUUGGAAGAGGAGGCGGCAGAAGAAGCUGUCCCCACUUCAGCUCCCAGUCAGGCAAAAGAGAAAACCAACGAAGAACUGCAAGCUGAGCUGAGAAAAUUGCAAGAACAGAUGAAGACAUUACAAGAGCAGUUGCAAAAGACCGCUAUUGGGCAGCAGUCCAGUUCAGGCCCUGAGAAGAAAACCCCUGGUAAAUCUCACUGUCCACCCUUAAAGGAAAGGAAAGUUCAGAAGCUGCAAGAGUCACCAUGUUUCUCAGCCCAGCUGGGCAAUCCUUUACCAUCAGCCAAGCGAGGAAUCCAGAAAUCAAAAGCAUCCUCAGCAGAGAACAAGACUCCUCCACAGCAAGUCAUCAGUCUGGCUUUCCAGCCUCUCAAGUCUGCCACAGGGAACACGCCCAGUAAGGUGACCAGAGAGAGGACUCCUCACAUGCCUACCUGCUCCUCUGCAACAACUCAGCCAGUGUCUGUGGAAACCUUCUCGGGACUGAGAUUAAGAAAACCCCGGGUUUCAUCAGCUGAAAUGGACAGGAAAAUGGCUAACCGGAAGCUCAUCCGACUGUCCCAGCUGAAGAGCAAACUUGCUGCAGAAAAUCUGGAGGAAAUAGACUGGGUAACAUUUGGAGUCAUAGUGAAGAAGAUCACUCCUCAGAGCGCAAAUAAUGGCAGAACCUUCAGUAUCUGGCGGCUGAAUGACCUGCGGGAUCUCAAUCAGUGUGUCUCACUCUUCUUGUUUGGUGAUGUCCACAAAGAGCACUGGAAGACAGACCAAGGCACAGUCAUCGGGCUGCUCAAUGCUAAUCCUAUGAAACCUAAAGAAGGCUCAGAUGAGGUGUGUUUGUCUGUUGACCAUCCCCAGAAGAUCCUCCUCAUGGGUGAAGCUCUGGACAUGGGCACUUGCAAAGCCAGAAAGAAGAACGGUGAUCCUUGUGCACAGAUCGUGAACCUGAACGACUGUGAAUAUUGUCAGUAUCACAUACAAUCCCAGUACAAGAAGCUCAGCUCGAAGCGGGCAGAUCUGCAGUCCACCUUCUCUGGUGGCCGCAUUCCCAGAAAAGUUGGUCGGAAAAAUCCCAGUUUGAAGGAGAGGCUGUGUCAGGAUGGGUUUUACUAUGGAGGUGUCUCUUCAGCAGCGUAUGCAGCCUCAGUUGCAGCAGCUGCAGUACCGAAAAGGAAGAUUCAAACCACUCUCUCCAAUCUGGUCGUGAGAGGAGUUGAUGCAAUUGUCCAGGAAACCAGGCAGAAAAUUGCAAAGAGACCCAUGCAGUGUUCUGAUGAAUUCAAGGAACUGCUGGCACAGCCAACUUUUGGAGCACGAAACCUCUGCAAACACUGGACCAAAGCAGAUGCUGAAAAGAAGCAAGGAGACAAUUUCCAGUCUGUCUCUGCUUCAGCACUGCUCAAGCAACAGAAACAGAAGUGGCUGGAGGCCAGGAAAAAGCGAUCUGAAGAGAUUCAGAGGCGGUUUCUCCAGAACACAAGUAAAGCUGGCACCCCUGCUUUGCCAUCCUCCUCCAGACAAUCCUUGCUCCAUUCCCCAAUACCUGGGGCAGAGUUUCCCAAAGCUGCAAAAAUGUCAACUUCUCAAAGGCCCAGGCUGGGCACAGGCUUCUCAGAAGGAGAAGAUAUCCUCUUCUUUGACGGGUCUCCACCUCCAACACCAAAGCUAGAUAGCUUGGCAGAAGCCAAAAAGCUGGCUGCGAUACACAGACUACGAGCAAAAGGCCAGAUUCUUGCUAAAACUGACCCGAACAGUGUCAAGAGGAAAAGAGCUGAUGUUGAUGAUGUCCUAGAAAUUGUUGAAAGAGUUGAGAAAAAUGUUGCUCAGCCACAAGGUACAGAAGCAGAGAAUGAUAUGGAUGCACUGGAGCCUGCCCAAAAGAAACGGCGUGAGCAGCUGGCCUAUCUGGAGUCAGAAGAGUUCCAGAAAAUCCUGAAUGCAAAGUCCAAGCACACAGAUGUCCUGAAAGAGGCUGAGGCUGAACUGCAGGAGCAAUACUUUCAGCCCCUGGUGAAAAAGGAAGAAAUGGAAGAGAAGAUGAGGAGCAUUAAAGAAGUGAAAUGUCGAGUUGUGACAUGUAAAACGUGUAAUUACACCUAUUUCAAGCCUCUGGAGACGUGUGUGCAGGAUAACCACGACUACCACUGGCAUGAUGCCAUCAAGCGAUUUUUCAAAUGUCCUUGUGGAAACCGUGCUAUUUCCCUUGACAGGCUCCCAAAAAAGCACUGCAGUACCUGUGGCCUCUUCAAGUGGGAGCGAGACGGGAUGCUAAAGGAGAAAAAAGGUCCGGCAAUUGGUGGAGAAACACUUUUACCAAGAGGGGAGGAACAACCGAAAUUUCUCAAUAGUCUUAAGUGACCCGGAGUUGAUUUUU